UGUGUUUGAUCCGUUCUCGCCGACGAGAAGCGUUAGCCAGGUGCUGAAUCUGAUGGACCAGUUUAUGGAGAAUCCUCUGUUAUCAGCUACGCGAGGCAUGGGAGCUUCAGGAGCUCGUCGUGGUUGGGAUAUAAAAGAGAAAGACGAUGCUCUGUACCUGAGGAUCGACAUGCCUGGACUGAGCAGAGAGGAUGUGAAGCUAGCUAUGGAGCAGGACACUCUGGUGAUUCGCGGAGAAGGGAAGUACGAAGAAGAUGGUGGUGACGGUGAAGGAGGAGAGAGCGGGAGCAGGAAGUUCACGAGCAGGAUUGGAUUGCCGGAGAAGAUUUACAAAAUCGAUGAGAUCAAGGCGGAGAUGAAGAACGGAGUUUUGAAAGUUGUGGUUCCGAAGAUGAAAGAAACAGAGCGUAAAGAUGUUCGUCAGAUCGAUAUCAACUAAAAAAAAACGUCGUCGUUUUCUUUAGUGUUGUUUUGUUGAUAUGUCUUUUGAAUAAAAGUGUGUAUGGUCGAUGUUGAAAGACUUGACUGAAGGAAGGAUUCCUCUUUUUACGUUUCUUGAAACGGUGGUUUUUGUCUUUGCUUA